UUUCUAGUGGAGCCCUUGACACUUGAAGCCAUAUGUGAGCGCGCUUCCAAUGGCUGACGGACCCAUGAGCGCGCUGCAGGAUCUGCAGCACUGGCAGCAGCAGCUCGAGGCCUCGGUCCAGGCGCUGCUGGAGAUUAAUCAGGGCAUCAACUCUGCUGCGCAUGGCGUUCUAAGCCUGGUCAAUUCCGAGAAUGGAAAGACAGAGGAGAAGAGGACGACGAGGGUCAAAUCCUCGAAGGUCGACGAGGACUCAGAGAAAUUCGAGCUCUCGGCCAGUGGUGCACCUGUGAUGCUCAAGUCAGCCGCAAAGAGCCGUGCGACGGAGUACUCCAAGAAGGAAGAAAAGAAAUCCGCCAAGACGGGCCUCCGCUUGCUGGAGCACUGGCGCGAGCGCUUUGUGAUUUGCGAGGAGGACGCCACCGCCAUCUACAACCAGUUUUACAGUGCCAGGAAUAUGCUGGUGGCCAAAUCUCAGAGAAGGCGUACCACCAUCGAGCACGUGAAGUCCUUUUGUUCCUACAACAUCAGCGGGAUCUAUUUACUCACCAUGUUCUGGAACUGCCUGACGAUUUUCUUGGUCAGUAUGGACCUGAUCUUCGUGCCGGCCUCCCUGGGCUGGCCGGAGGUAUUGGGCGGGACCUUGUCCACCUACUACCAAGUCACUCCCGGGCUUUGGCUGAUGGACAUCGUCAUGUCCAUAGUCUUCUUGCGUCUGAGAGGGAGUGGCAGGGAGGACUACUUUCAGUUCUUCAGACGGAAAAUGCCUCUGGACCUCGCCCUCGUAGUGGUGGACAUAGUUUUGCUCGUGUCGGAGAACGGAGACGUAGCGCUUCUCCGGGCCCUCCGCCUGCUCCGCACCGCCAAGUUCCGAUCUAUGCUGGCCAGCAUGGAGAGUCAAGUGGCAGCGCGGGGCAAUAUCAGCUUCAUCUACUGGUCGACCAUCCUCCAAUGCGUCGCGGUGAUUUUGCUUGCCAACCACUGCUUGGCCUGUACAAUUUUCUACGUCGGACGCCUUGGCAAGCGUCUAGACAUGCCAAACUGGCUUGACACCUACCUUGUCCUCGACUUAAGCCAUCCUUUCCAGUACAUGAUGUCUUUCAACCUGGUCCUGGCCGAGUAUACCCCAGCUCCGUACCCCUACCGCGCUCAGAAUGAGCUAGAGCAGAUCUUGAUUCUGGUCAUCAUUUUGUCCUGCUUGCCCUUGUUGGGCGCCCAAAUCGGAAAGAUCAGCGGCACGCUGAACUCGAUGAAGGAGAAGGCCAAGGAGCGAGAGCACGUGAAGCGCGACCUGCAGCGCUGGCUGAGAAAGACUUCGGUGCCGGCGCAGCUCAACGCGCGGAUGGUCAUGGCGCUGGACGAUGUCCUCAACUCCGCGGAGUCGCCUUUGGAUGUGAAGGACCCCUUGGCGCUAAACUUCCUCCCAAGCACCUUGGUCCAGGAGCUGCGGGUGGUGAAGACGGGGCAGAAGCUCUCCCGGCACAGCUUCUUCAGCCUCCUCAUGGAUGAACGGCUGGCGGUGUCGGGGCAGCUGACCUCGGCCUUCCGCACCUUUAUCGCGGUGCUCGGGGAGCAGAUCUUCCACUCGGGGCGCAAGGCGGAGGGCCUCUUCGUGACCAUCAACGGCCGCUGGACGCUCCAGGCCACAGACCUCCCGACCACCAAUUCCGGCAGAUACGGCCACUCCGAGGAGGAUGGAAGGAUUUCGCUGUAUGAAAUGCAAGAGGAUGGGCUGGAGCUGCGGGAAGACAGCUGGGUGGGGGAGUUGGCCCUCUACACAGACUUGACCCACUCGGCGUCGCUGAGUUCGAAGACCUACGCCAAGGCUUUUUCAGCUUCGGCCAACGACUUCGCCCAGGCAGUGAAGGAGUCCCCAGCCGUGGUGGUGGCGAUCCAUGAGUAUGCUGUGAGUAUCCUGCGGCAGCAGCGGGCGGUGUCGGAGGAGGUGUGCUGGGAGCUGCUGCCGUCGGAGGCGGUCCAAGAGGCCACGAGCCUCACGCAGAUCAGCGAGCUGCUGAUGCCCGGCACCAGCCGCAUGCACGCCCUCAAGAACACCCAGGCCGUGGACUUCAGUAUGCUUAUGGAGAAGGUCCACUCCGUGCAGUCGGUCCCGGAGCUGCUGGAUGCCAUCGUCCGCUGCAUUGUCGAGCUGCAGGAGGAGUCGGGGCUCUACUCCCAGCUGCAGCACCAGGACGAAGCCAAGCGUGCCCAGCUCUCCGUGCUCAGCGCCAUUUGGCUCCUCCAGGAUUCUUACGAGCAGAUAACCUCCCUGCAAAGCCCGGAGCAGCGCCUGACUCGAAGUACCUGGUCAGCCAUCCGGGAGCUAAUCAACCCAAAGGGCAUGAGCUCACAAGAGCUCAUCGCUGUGCUGGUGCUGCUGGGGCUCCGCGGGCUCAGCAAGAACUCGGACUUCGCGAAGCUGUGCCCGCCCAGCGAGCGCCGCAGCCCGGAGAAGGUCUUGGAGUACGCCAUCGAGGGCUUGGAGUGCUACAUGCCCUCCAUCGCCUCCUUAGACACCGAAGCCUUGGACCACGUCACCGCCACCGUGCGGAUGCUCGGGGAUUUCAACUUCGCCCAGUUCCUGCAGGGCGAGAACAAUCCGCACUCCGUUUGGAUGCUGCAGAGCAGCAUCGAGGCAGAGGGUACGAACGUGUACAAGAUGUUUUUGCUGACUCAUGUCUGCAUUCUGUGCGGGGUGACGGGCGCAAUGAAGCGGGACGAUGCGCUCUACGGCUCGCUCUUUCUGAAUGAGCUGAAUGGCCGCACAGUGCUGCGUGCCCUGCGAUGCCUGCAAGACAUCGUCGGCCAGGAACCGCAGGACGUCUUCUGGCACUACAUUGGCAGCCGAGCAGAGGCGCUGGACAUGCCAGUGCAGCAGCCCGCACAUCUGGUGCUCGCUCGCCUCGCCUGCCUCACCCGCACGCUGGAGCCACAGCGGCUGCAGGUCAUCCAGGAGAGCUGGGCGCAACUUGCGGACAGAGAAAGGGAAGCACUGUAUGAGAUCUUCCUGCUUGAUGGGCACAUGCACAAGGCCUUCAUCUUUCUUUAUCUUCCUCUCUUCCUCACCAAUUGCACUGGCAACGAAGACCUGGGCCUCAAAUGUGGUUUGCAGUUCUUGGUGGAGCUCCAUCACAAGCUCAUAGAUCAUCGCUGCCUGAAUCAGACCGGACCCACGGUGAAAGUGGACAUCAGCUCGCUUGCGUCCUUGGCAGAAGAUGUGGAGGAUUUGCGCACCUUGAGAAAGUGCCUGGAAUAUGCGAGGAUUGUGAAGGCGGGCAACAACAUCACGGUGUUGCUGACCACGGAGAGCUACCAGAUCCUCACAGGCCAGCUGGUGGACCAGAACCGGCAGGCGGACCUGCUGGAGCUGCUGGCGCAGCAGCAGCUCCGAGUGGAGGCCUUGCUGCGGGGCCAGACCCGCGGAAGCCUGAUGGUGCCCAUCCUGACGAAGGAGCCCGAGGAUGACGACCAGGUGAUUUCCAGUUCCACUUUUUAAAUAAGGAACUUUUGGAAUGCGGCCGCCCUAAUGGGCUGGCCGGAUGCGUCGCUUUGAUGCUCAGGCAAAAGAGCAGCCGCAAACGCGGGGCUAUGGCCUGACGGCAUUUUUCGAGACUUAACACGUACUGGCACAAAAAGAAGCGACUGCGGCAAGCUUCGCACUUGCGUGCUGGCCAAACAAUGCGCAUCGCAUUUUCUGACCUGAGGGCCGGAAGGCGGUGCCCUGAGUCUUUAUGGGCGGAUGCAGUUUCACCUUGCCUAGCCAGCCAACUGGGACAUUUGCAGCGAGCGAGUGUGCAGUG